GACACACGCAUACACAAGCACACACACACACACACACACACUCUCGCGGCGGCUCGAGCGCACACACAAACAAACAUGGCGGCCAGGCAGACGGGUAAGAUGCUCGCUGUGGGUCGUUGCGCCGUGUUUGUGAUGUUAUGGCUCGUCCCCGGCUCGUUUUGCUCCACGCUCCGGCUUCACCGGGACAACCGAUUCAUGCUGCCGCAGGACCGAGGCUUUUCCCUGAUCAGUGCGCCCGAUGAGCUCCGGGAGCGAGGCGCGGAGCAGCACAGCGCCAGCCAACACCGACACCGCGCUCGGAGGAGUAGCGCCGACACCGCCGUGCCAAACGUUUACGGACGGGCCAACCUGAAUGACUCUCAUAACCAGAUGGUUGUGCACUGGGCUGGAGAGAAGAGUAACGUCAUCGUAGCUUUGGCAAGAGACAGCGUCGGAGCAACCGACCCCAAGAGCAGUUCGGUUUAUGUGUCGUACGACUAUGGGACCACCUUCAUCCAUAUAUCAGAUAAGUUUAACCUGCCUAGUGGGAAGGAGACCAGCAAGCAGGUGAUCUCGCAGUUUUACCACAGCCCUGCUGAUAACCGGCGUUACCUUUUUGCCGACACCAAGAACAGUUACAUUUGGAACACAUUUGACUUCUGCAAGAGCGUCCAGGGAUUCUCCAUCCCAUUCAAACCCACAGACCUGCUCCUACACAACAAGCGACCGGACCUCGUCCUGGGUUAUGACAGUUCUCACCCUAAUAAGCAGCUGUGGAAGUCAGAUGACUUUGGAGAAACGUGGGUGCUGAUUCAAGAACAUGUCAAGUCCUACUUCUGGGGAGUCGAGUCGCAUGACAGCCCGACCACGGUGCUGGUCCAGAGGCAUGAACCCCAGGGUGUCUCCAGCAUUCUCAGCAGCACUGACUUCUUUCAGAGCGAAGAAAACCGACACAUCAUUCUAGAAAGGGUGGACAGCUUUCAGCUCCGAGACAAGUACAUGUUCGCGACGACGACCAGGACGCUGCUUGGGAGCCAUGAGCCGCAGUCGGUCCAGCUGUGGGUGUCCUACAACCGUCAGCCAAUGAGAGCGGCCCAGUUUAACACUCGCCACCCCAUCACUGAAUAUUACAUAGCAGAUGCCUCAGAGGAUCAGGUGUUCGUAUGCGUCAACCACAACAACAAUGUCACGCACCUGUACAUCUCGGACACGCAGGGACUCGCCUUCUCUCUCUCUCUGGAGAACGUGCUGUAUUACAGCCCCGAGGGUUCAGGAAGCAACACUCUCAUCAGGUACUUUGCCAAUGAGCCAUUUGCAGACCUGCACCGCGUGGAGGGACUGCGUGGUGUGUUCGUAGCCACGCUCAUCAACGGCUCACUCAGCGAAGACAACAUGCGCUCGGUGAUCACCUUCGACAAGGGAGGCACCUGGGAGCUGCUGCGGCCGCCGACCUCUGACAGCCUCGGCGGCUCCAUCGAUUGCCAGAUUUCUAAAGGCUGCUCCCUGCACUUGGCUCAGCGCUGGAGUCAGCUGAUGAACAUUCAGCUUCGUCGGAUGCCCAUCCUGAGCAAAGAGUCAGCGCCCGGCCUCAUCAUGGCAACCGGAUCCGUGGGGAAGAACCUGGCCAAUAAGCCCAACGUCUACGUCUCGAGCAGUGCUGGGGCCAGGUGGAGAGAGGCUCUGGCUGGUCCUCACUUCUACACCUGGGGGGACCAUGGAGGCAUCCUGAUGGCGAUUUCACAGGGGGGCUCCACCAAAACACUGAAGUUUAGCACCAACGAGGGCGAGACGUGGAGUGAGUUCCAGUUCUCCCAGCAGGACGUCUAUGUGUAUCAGCUGCUGACUGAGCCAGGAGAAAAGAGCACCAUCUUCACUAUCUUCGGCUCGUACGCCGAUCAGACCCACAGCUGGCUCAUUCUGCAGGUCAACGUGAGCGACGUGCUCGGAGUUCCGUGCUCUGAGGGCGACUAUAAGCCCUGGUCUCCUUCUGAUGAGAGAGGAAAUGGCUGUGUUCUGGGCCGCGAAUUGCUCUUCAAGCGGCGUUCGCCACACGCAACCUGCUUCAACGGCGAGGACUUCGAUCGUCCUGUCAGUCUGUCCAACUGCUCCUGCACGCGUCAGGACUACGAAUGUGAUUACGGAUUCAAGCUCAGCGAGGACCUCUCUCUGCAAGUGUGUGUUCCCGAUCCGGAGUUUUCAGGCAACUUGUACGCCCCUCCUGUGCCCUGCCCGGUUGGCACGACGUACCGCCGCAGCAAAGGGUAUAGAAAAGUGCCUGGUGAUAGCUGCACCGGUGGGGAUGUCGAGGCCCGGCUGGAUGGAGAGAUGCUCCCGUGUCCUGUUGGAGAGAGUAACGAAUUCAUCCUGUACGCCGUGAGGAACUCUAUCCACCGCUACGACCUGGCUACAGGCGUGGACCAGCCCCUGCCGCUUUCUGGCCUCCGUGAGGCUGUGGCUCUGGACUUCGACUACGAGAGGAACUGCCUCUACUGGGCUGACAUUUCACUUGACACCAUACAGAGGCUGUGUUUGAACGGCAGUUCUGGCCAGGAAGUGGUCAUUCGGAAAGGCCUGCAGAACGUUGAGGCUCUGACAUUUGAACCUGUCAGUCGUCUUCUCUAUUGGGUGGAUGCAGGGUCUCAGAAGAUAGAGGUCUCGAACCCUGACGGGGAUCUAAGACACACCCUCGUCAACUCCUCCAUAUUGGAGCAUCCUCGAGCACUGGCCCUGAUUCCCGGAGAGAGCCUCAUGUUCUGGACGGAUUGGGGGGACAGAGCGGCUGGAGUGUACCGCAGCUGGAUGGACGGCUCCAACGUGUCCCGCAUCGUGUCGGACGGUGUGCGCUGGCCUAAUGGUAUCACGGCGGACGAGCACUGGCUUUACUGGACCGAAGCAUACGGAGACCGCAUUGAGAGAGCCGACUUUACCGGGGGGCAGCGCACGGUGCUCAUGGAGGGCCUGCCGCAUCCCUACGCUAUAGCUGUAUUUAAGAAUGACCUCUACUGGGAUGACUGGUCAAGAAUGGGCAUCUUCAAGGCACCUAAAUCAGGUUCAUCGAACGGCGAGCUCCUCGUCGGAAGGCUGACCGGCGUCAUGGAUCUUAAAAUCUUCUACAAGGGCAAGGCCAGAGGCCAUAACGCGUGCGCCGAUCAGCCGUGUACACUGCUCUGUUUGCCCCAGCCGGGCCACAAACAUAGCUGUGUGUGUCCAGACGGAGUAGCCACCACCAAACUGCCCUCAGGACAACUCCAGUGUCAGUGCCCCAGUGGCUACCAGCUCCACAACAACACGUGUGUGAAGACAGAACACACUUGUUUGCCGAACCAGUACCGAUGCUCGAACGGCAAGUGCAUCAGCAGCAUCUGGAAGUGCGACAGUGACAACGACUGUGGAGAUAUGAGUGACGAGCAGGAGUGCCCCACCACCUCUUGUGAUCCGUCUGUGCAGUUCCGCUGCGUAGCUUCUGGCUCAUGCAUCCCUUUGGCUUUCAAGUGUGAUCACGAGGACGAUUGUGGUGACAACAGUGAUGAGGAGCAUUGUGACUCGCAUCAGUGCGGUCCUGCGGAGUUCAUGUGCGCGCGAGGAGUGUGUAUUCGUGACGCCUGGCGCUGUGACGGCGAUAACGACUGCAGGGACUGGUCUGACGAAGCCAACUGCACUGUGGGCCACCAUACAUGCGAGAGCAGCAGUUUCCAGUGUAACACAGGUCACUGCAUUCCUCAGCGCUGGGUUUGUGACGGCGAUGAUGACUGUCAGGACGGCUCUGACGAGGAGCCCAGUCACUGUGAAGGAGAUCGCUGUAACGGCUUUCUGUGUUCUAAUGGCACGUGCUUGCCUGCCAGUUCGCACUGUAACGGCGUGGAGGAAUGCCCAGGGGGCGCCGACGAGCAGCACUGCGAUCCUUUGUGCACACGCUACAUGGAGUUUGUGUGUCGGAACCGAGCUCAGUGCCUUUUCCAGUCGCUGGUGUGUGAUGGAACAAAGCAUUGCUCCGACGGCUCAGAUGAGGACGCCGCUUACGCCGGCUGCUCUACCCAUCCCGAAUUCGAGAAGAAGUGCGACACCUACAACUUCCAGUGCACCAACGGCAUGUGCGUAAGUCUGGACUGGAAGUGUGAUGGCAUGGACGAUUGUGGCGACUACUCGGACGAAGCAAACUGCGCGGGUUCUCCCACAGAGGAGCCCGGCUGCACGCAUUACUUCCAGUACGAGUGCAAGAACGGCCGCUGUGUGCCUACGUGGUGGAAAUGUGAUGGUGAGAAUGACUGCGGAGACUGGUCGGAUGAGGCGCAAUGCACAGAUGGACUUUAUCCCCAUACGCCUGCCCCGGGCCUUGCAACGUGUGCGCCUAACCGCUUCCACUGCGGCUCUGGAGCAUGUAUAGUGAAUAACUGGGUGUGUGAUGGAUAUGCUGAUUGCCCCGAUGGCAGUGAUGAAGUGGGCUGCCCUACAGCUUCUAAUAGCUCGGUGACUCAGAUGCCUGUGCCCACUCAUGCCACUGACCCGUCUGGCCGUUGUUCCAGAGGGCAGUUCCUGUGCCGUAAGCCGCCAUCAUGCAUCCCGGAAUGGCAGCGCUGCGAUGGCCACUCCAACUGUCAGGACAACUCGGACGAGUCCGACUGCCCCACCCGUGAGCCUCUGGUGUGUGUGAAUGGGAGUUUGUGUGCUGACCGGGAGGCCUGUGUAUUGGAGAGUGAGAGGUGUGAUGGCUUCUUAGACUGCUCAGACCACAGUGAUGAGGAUAACUGCACCGCCGACCAGCUGGUGUAUAAAGUCCAGAACCUCCAGUGGCACGCAGACUUCUCCGGCACUGUCACACUCACCUGGUCCAGGCCCAAAAACAUGCCGCCCUCCUCCUGCUCCUUCCUCAUCUACUACAGGCUGGUAGGGACUCAGCAGUGGACCACCAUGGACACACACAGCAGCAAAAGCAGCUAUACACUGAGUGUGCUGAGGCCAGACACCACCUACCAGGUGAAAGUGGUGACACAGUGCCUCAGCAAGCAGCACAAGACCAACGAGAUGCUCACGCUGAGGACCCCCGAGGGCUUGCCCGAUCCUCCUCAGGCUUUGCAGCUCAGUUGUGAUAACGCAGAAGACGGCAUGGUGCUGUGCUCCUGGAGUCCUCCAGCUAAUGCUCACGGCUUCAUCAGAGAGUACAUUGUUGAAUACAGCGAGAAAGGCAGCUCAGAGUGGUUUUCCCAGACAAGUUCUAGCACCAGUACCGAGGUUAAGAACCUGCAGCCCAGCGCCCUCUACAGGUUCAGGGUUGCUGCAGUCACCAGCAGAGGGGUGGGCAACUGGACAGAGAUCAAAUCCAUCAACCCUCAGAAAGCUUUGUCUCCGCCACUUACAAAGAUUACGAGAAUCACGGAAGACACGGUGACGCUAGCCAUCAGCUCCGACUACAAGGCUAAACACUAUGUAGUGGUGCUGUCUUGGGUUUUUGACAAGCAUGUGAAAGAAAACAGGAACUACACCAUCUCAGAUACUCUUACAGCUACGAAUCUGACAGCGGGAACGGUGUAUGAGGUGGCAGUGUGGGCACAUACCACUGAUGGAGACAGUCCAACUGCCCUGACUCGCAUAGAGACAGUUGGAACACAGCCAGCACAACCACUGCUCAAAGCUCGGGCGCUCAAUCAAACCGCUGUGGACUGCAGCUGGACUGGACCCCAGGCACAGAUGUACGGUGUGUUCUAUGCCACGUCCUUCCUGGAUCUUUACCGCCGACCGCACAGAGUGAACAGCACCAGCUCCAGCAUAACCGUCACCGUGGAGAGCGACGAGCAGUACCUCUUCCUUGUACGGGUGAUCUUGCCGUAUCUGGGUCCUCCGUCGGAAUCGGCUGUAGUGAAGAUGAUCCCUAACGAGCGACUUCCUCCACGCAACCUGCAUAAAGUCCAAGUGGAUAAAACGCGAGCCACGCUGAAAUGGCAGCCGCCGUACGACUCGCCCGGCUCUCCUUUGACGUACGUCGUGCAUGUGAGGGAUGCAGUUCGGAAGACGGAGCGCGACUUUAAAUUCACCACGCAGAACAACACGGUUGAGUACAGCCUUAAAGGACUGGAGCCUGGCGGACGCUACAGUAUCACCGUCCGCCUCCGCAACAUGACCAAGGAAGCCAGCUACACGCUCAACACAGUUCCACUACCUGCACCCGAGGCUCUCAAAAUCCUUACCGAGCAAGACCACGUGUUCCUGUUUUGGAAGAGUUUAGCCGUCAAAGAACGGAGUUUCAACGAGAGUCGGGGCUAUGAGGUGUCGGUGUAUGACAGUGUAAGUAACUCCACCAUAUCACUGGGAAACACCACAGAGACCUUCUUCAGGAUCAGUAAUCUUUUAGUGGGCCACAACUACACAUUCUCAGUGCGGGCUAGCUGCCUGGUGAACGGCCAGCUGUGCGGUGAAGCUGCGGUGUUGCUCUACGAUGAGCUGGGGAGCGCGGGAGCAGGUCCCAGUGACUCAGCUGCUCAUUCAGGUCAUUCAGGUGACACAGCGGCUGUGGUGGUGCCGGUGCUGUUCGUGCUGCUGCUGUGUGUGUGAGGUCUUGUGGCUCUGUACGUGCGCCACCGUCGCCUGCAGCACAGCUUCACCGCCUUCGCCAACAGCCACUACAACUCUCGUCUCGGCUCGGCUAUCUUCUCCUCGGGAGACGAACUCGGCGACGACGACGAGGACGACCCCAUGAUCGGCGGCUUUGCGGACGACGUUCCCAUGGUGAUAGCGUAGUGGCCUUCGAGCCACUGUGCCCUUUUCCUCCGACCCGCCAUCCCCGUUCGCCUCUUCUUCUUUUUCCACACGUUUCCCUGCAUUAUACCUUCACUCCAAAUUGGCUGACUGACUCCGCCCCCCCAAACUGGGAUUUC